UUGUUUUGUGAAUUUAUAUUUGAAUAGGAAAAAAGUAGGGAAGAUGGGAUUUAUAAUGGAGUUUGCGGAGAAUUUGGUUCUGAGGUUGAUGGAAGAUCCGAAAGAGAGGGACAGGAAAUUUAGGGAGCGUUUGUAUGAGAGGAAAGAUAGGUGCAAGAAGACAAAGGAGAUGUGGAGCUAUCCACUGCGUCCUUACGGGUUCUGGACAUUUGAGAGACAUAAUGCACAGCUCCGAUGGGAUGCUCAGAUUAGCCAGGUGCCCGGUCGCAGGGACCCUUAUGAUGACCUUCUUCAAGACACCUAUGAUACCACUGCCUCCAAAUGAUUUACAGAAGCUCCCAAGCCAAUGCAGAAUGAUCUAGAGCUUCCCUAGGAGGGUGGUGAAGAUUCUGAAGAAACAAUUCACUUAUUUCUUAUUUUUACCCCCAAUCUGUUGAACUGUUUAUGUAUGUCUCAUAAGUUUUAACUCAUUAUUCCGGACUGAAUUUUGACUUUGAAUAAUUGU